AUGAAUUUAAAGAAUUCCCAGGAUGAAUGUGAUAGUCCUAAAUCCAAACGUGUUACUUUUAGUAAAAAUCGAGGCUUCACUUACAUCCCAAAAAAGCUCACCAAAUCGCCAAAACAUAAAAGUUUAUCAACCCCAGUAGCAUCAGAAGUGUUUAAAAUAACAAUUAGCCCUGAGCUUGACAACCUAUUAUAUUGUGACGAUAUACAAACUCUUACAAGUGCGGAGACUUUUAUCAUUUCUCCCAGGAAGACCUUUAAAACUUCAGUUACAUUAAAGCAACCUCUUGUAAAAAGAGAGAAAGACAUAAUUAGCCAAGUUAUGGAAAAAUUUUCAUCUAGAACUCAAGAUGACUAUAGUAACAGUUAUCAGAAAUGCACUUCUCCUCAGCUAUCCAAGGCAAAAUUACCAUCUUUUAUAAGAAAAAACUCAAGCGCCUCAACCUCCUCAAAUGCUUCGCUUUCUAAAAAAGAGCUUAUAAAUAUAAAUGUCCAAAUCCCGGACUAUCGAAGGCAAAAGUCAUUGGUUUCGCCACGACAAUAUGACCAAAUGAAUGAGCUGCUGCAAAAAAUUAAUGAUGAAGAUGCCAAUAAUGUAAAAAAACUAAGAAAAAGCUUGAAAGAUUGCCAACUUGACUUGUCGAGCAGAAUUGAAGACCUUCGGAAGACUGCAAAAUUAGAUUUCGAUAUAAUGAGGCAACAAAGAGCUAAGAGGUGAACAAAAAAUAAAUUUACAAAUUUUGAGCAGGAUUUAAGUGGGAAAGAAAUAAUGGAAAUGCUAGGAAAGGUUAAAGCUGAUAUGAAAAGAUUUAAUUUUUUAUACAGCUAA